AUUCCACUUACAGGCCACUAGAUUGUGCUGGAGAGCAGACGCUGAGCCUCUGUGAGGAAGCAAGUACAUUACACGUUAGACUGCUUACCAAGAACAUUUUGACCUAGUAAGGCAUCCGUAGAGGGAGCAUGUGACCCGCUGCGGGGAAGUCAGCCUGUGCAGAGUAGCAGGGAGACGCUGAGCAGGUGGAAAGCGCGGAUUGCAACUGUGCGACUGACGUUUAUGGAUCCAUUAGUCUAUGGUUUAAAGAAUUGAAGGUGAUUUGGGAACCCUGAUCCUCAGAAAUGAGUGGCUCCAAGCCUGACAUCCUCUGGGCACCUCAUCAUGUGGACAGAUUUGUUGUAUGUGAUUCUGAGCUCAACCUUUACCACAUAGAAUCUGCCGCAAGUCCCAGCUCUGAAUUAAAAGCAGGAUCCCUGCGGCUGUCUGAAGAGACCACAGCCACUUUACUGGCUAUAAAUUCUGACACUCCUUACAUGAAAUGUGUAGCCUGGUAUCCCAAGUAUGACCCAGAAUGUCUUUUGGCUGUCGGUCAGGCCAAUGGAAGAGUUGUGCUAACAAGUCUGGGCCAGGACCACAAUUCUAAAUGUAAAGACUUGAUUGGAAAGGAGUUUGUCCCCAAACAUGCACGUCAGUGUAACACGUUGGCUUGGAACCCCCUUGACAGUAAUUGGCUUGCAGCUGGGUUAGACAAACACCGGGCUGACUUCUCAGUAUUGAUCUGGGACAUAAGCAGCAAGUAUACUCCAGAGGUAGCAGUUCCUACGGAGAAAGUCCGUCUUGCACCCGGUGAUAGUGAAACAUGUUCAGUGGUUACCAAACCACUUUAUGAAUUAGGACAGAAUGAUGCUUCCCUCUCUCUUUGUUGGCUUCCGAGAGACCAGAAACUGCUUUUGGCUGGGAUGCAUCGUAACUUGGCAAUAUUUGAUUUGAGGAAUACAAAUCAGAAAAUUUUUGUAAAUACUAAAGCUGUCCAAGGGGUGACAGUGGACCCGCAUUUCCAUGACAGAGUAGCUUCAUUUUUUGAAGGUCAAGUCGCCAUUUGGGAUCUUCGAAAAUUUGAAAAACCAGUGUUAACGUUAACAGAGCAACCAAAACCCCUAACCAAAGUAGCCUGGUGCCCAACUAGAACUGGACUGCUGGCUACUCUGACUAGAGACAGUAAUAUUAUCAGACUGUAUGACAUGCAGCACACUCCCACACCCAUUGGGGACGAAACAGAGCCUACCAUCAUUGAAAGGAGUGUCCAGCCUUGUGAUAACUAUAUUGCAUCUUUUGCUUGGCACCCUACAAGCCAAAACCGAAUGGUGGUCGUUACUCCUAACAGGUCAAUGUCAGAUUUUACUGUGUUUGAGAGGAUCUCUUUGGCUUGGAGCCCCACAACUUCACUGAUGUGGGCUUGCAGCAGGCAGCUGUAUGAAUGUACAGAGGAAGGGAAAUGCAGCUCUUCAUUAGAUCGAGAUAUAGCCACUAAAAUGAGACUCAGAGCUUUAUCACGAUAUGGACUCGACACAGAGCAGGUCUGGAGAAAUCAUCUGUUGGCAGGAAAUGAUGAUCCUCAGUUGAAAUCCUUGUGGUACACUUUACACUUUAUGAAGCAGUAUGCAGAAGAUAUUGACCAAAAAACUUCAGGAAACAAAGGGUUAUUGGUGUAUGCUGGAAUCAAAGCAAUCACAAAGUCAUCAAUGGGGACAACUGAAAGUUUCAGGCACAGCUGGACCGGCUCUGAUAGACAAGCAGAUAUUGUGCACUUUUCCAGUGAGGAAAGAUGUCUUGCCCUACAACUUUGUGGCUGGAGGACAAAGGGUGCUGAUGCCGACAUGGGGCAUUUUCUGAACUCCUUGGAGCAGGAAGGAGAGUGGGAGAGAGCAGCUGCUAUAGCCCUGUUUAAUAGAGACAUUCGGCGUGCCAUACAGAUCUUAAAUAAGGGAGCAUCCACUGGGAAAGGUAAUCUAAACCUAAACGUUGUAGCAAUGGCACUGUCAGGCUAUACUGACGAGAAGAAUUCCUUGUGGAGAGAAAUGUGCAGCACUUUAAGGCUACAGCUUAACAACCCAUAUCUUUGUGUUAUGUUUGCUUUUCUCACAAGUGAACCUGGUGUAUAUGACGGUGUUCUGUAUGAGAACAGCAUGGCAGUGAGGGAUCGUGUGGCGUUUGCAUGUUUGUUCCUUAAUGACGUUCAGUUAAGCAGAUACAUUGACAAGCUAACUAAUGAAAUGAAGGAAGCUGGAAACCUAGAAGGAAUUUUACUAACUGGACUGACAAAAGAUGGAGUUGACUUAAUAGAAAGUUACGUUGAUCGAACUGGAGAUGUUCAGACAGCAAGCUACUGUAUGCUGCAGGGAUCUCCAUCUGACGUCCUUAAAGAUGAAAGAGUUCAGUACUGGAUAGAGAGCUAUAGGAAUCUGCUUGAUGCAUGGAGAUUUUGGCACAAGAGAGCCGAGUUUGAUAUUCAUCGAAGUAAGCUUGACCCAAGCUCCAAGCCAUUAGCACAGGUGUUUGUGAGCUGCAAUUUUUGUGGAAAGUCCAUCUCCUACAGUUGUUCAUCUGUACCUCACCAAGGCCGUGGAUUCAGUCAGUAUGGUGUCAGUGGGUCGCCAACUAAGUCUAAAUUCACCAGCUGUCCUGGAUGUCGCAAACCUCUUCCCCGCUGUGCACUUUGUCUCAUAAACAUGGGAAACCCUGUCUCUAGCAGCCCAGGAGCAUCAAAGUCUGAUGAAAAGGUGGAUCUCAGCAAGGAAAAGAAGGUGGCACAGUUUAACAACUGGUUCACGUGGUGUCACAACUGCCGACAUGGUGGCCAUGCAGGACAUAUGCUUAGCUGGUUUAAAUGUCACAGCGAGUGCCCAGUAUCUGCGUGCUCGUGUAAGUGUAUGCAGUUGGACACAACUGGAAAUCUUGUCCCAGCAGAGAAUGUUCAGGCGUAACAUCUGCGCAUCAUUAUGGUGGCUUCUACAGCUGGACUGGCCCCCGUCUCCAGUACAAGGCAGUCCCCUUGUGGUAAUGUGAAGAAUUUAUCUGGAUAUACUGUGGGGAGAUUCAGAUGCUCUAGGGAACCCUUCAACUCUUUUAUUAUUCUGUAAAGCAUUGGUACAUCUAAGCUUGGUCUGUUUACAGGAUUUAUAAUGGGAGAAGCAAAACAAUCUGUGAAUGUGACCAUCCAGAGACAUGUUGCAUUCAGUGUGUGUCACUGUUUUUUCUAUUGUCUAUUAGUAGUUAUAUUACUAACCAUCCCCAAAUUCCAAUUUUCCAGAGGACAUUUAGCUAAAUGGCUGCAUCAAGUGCCUCCAAUCAAAACAGCUUUUUUUGCUGCACAGUAUUGAUUUAUUCCUUUGCAGGAAUAUAUGUACAAAUAAAUCAGUGGUAAUAAACCUGUGCCGUCUUCUACAUUAUUUAUUUUAUAAAUGCUGUAAAUGAAAAUGUGCUGUUUUAAUAUACCUACAGAGUGAGUAACUGUGUAUCGCUAUUGUUACGAAGCCUCUGUCUGAGUUUUGGACAAUAUGUGCGCACACACAAACAAUAAAGUGAUAUGGCUUA